UCAAACCCCACUGCUGAGGCUUCCGUCCGGGCAGAACAAUGUGAACUUGCAGCUUUUGUGUGCUUGAAGUUGAAUUGCACGGUGCGACACACACACACACACACACACUGCAGCCUGUGGAUGGAGAAGAUAUGAAGAGUGUGAGGACAGAAAGAGAGAGAGAGAGAGAGAGAGAGGAGUACUGCAGCCUGAGUGCGGGUUCUACAGCACCCUGCUGUUUCAUGCCAUAGGAAUGAGGAUGAUGAUGUGGCGAUGAAGGAGAAAGGUUCGCAGCCCAGGACAGACCUGUAUGAACACUAAACAGCUGCAGCAGCUUUGAUGAUGGCUCUGGGAGCAGGGAUGAAGCUGAAAGUGAAGCGGCGCUACAUUGUGGUCUUUCUGUCUCUCCUCACCCUGUCAGUAGUGAUGAUAAACACAUAUUCACCUUUGCCCAAUGAACAGCAAUGCUUGCUAUCACAAGGGCCUCACUAUAACCAGCCCAUUGAGGCAGAAGCAAGGGACUCUAGCCAUCUACCUCCAUACAUUCACAGGGGAUCUUGGAAGGUUUCUAAAAUGAAAGCUUCAGAAAAGCAGCAUACACUGGUGAAUGACAGACUGGACCGAUACUGCUGUGGGUUCCAGCCCGACCCUGCUGAUAUGUGUGUGGAGAACCUUCUCAAUGUCAAAUGUGGAAACCCUAAACAUUUAAUGUUGGUGCAUAUUCUGGUUCGGAGGACAGAUCCCUCUCGACUGGUCUUUAUAGAUAAUGCAGGCAGGCCUCAUCACCGACAAGACAACCUCAACUUCAGACUGAUUGAGGGCAUUGAUGAAUUUCCGGAGAGAGCCAUGUCAGUGCUGCGGUCAGGCUGUUUGGAGCAGCUGCUCCUGCGCUCACUGUCUGUGGAUAAGGAGCUGUGGGAGAGUCAAGGAGGAGCAGCAGGUCUUCGAACCACCAUCUCCACUCUCCAGCACAGAGCUCAAAUCCUGCUGCAGCACAUCCAGAACAACAGAGUAAACACUGAUCUGUGAAAAUAGAUCUAUUUACAAUAACUUGUAUUAAAUGCAAGCAGGCGAGUUAAAAGUUUGCAGGUUGUCACUUUUUAAAUUAAUAAUAGGUUGUGAUAUCUGCAGCUGCCGCUGCGUUGUGUGCAUGAUUAUAAUAAUAACAGUAAUAUUAAUAUACUAAAUAUGGUGCUACAGUUAUCUGAAAAUAUGAAACAAAGGCUUGGUGCAGUGCACUUAAAAGAAAAUACUUCGUCUAUUAUUGAUGAUGAUGACCAUUCUCAAGAAUGAAUUAGGGAUGUUUUUAUUGAAAAUAGCCUUUUUUCACUCUAAGUUCUUUGUACAAAAAAACCCGCUAAGCUUACCUAAAUGUAAGCUAGUAAAGUUAGUUCACUAGUUUAGCAUCUCCUGCUAUCCCACAUUUGAUUUAGCAAUUGUGGGAAGCAAAGUUAAGCUUAAAUAAUACACUCACUGGCCACUUUAAUAGGAACUUGUUGUUGAUUCUAAGAUUCCUGUUCUUGGCUGCAGGAGUGGAACCCAAUGUGCUCUUCUGCUGUUGCAUGCUGAGAUUCUUUUCUGCUCACCACGGUUGCAAAGAGUGAUUAUAUGAGUUACUAUAUCCUUCCUGGCAGCUUGAACCAAUCUGGCCAUUUUCCUCUGACCUCUCUUAUCAACAAGACAUUUCCACCCACAGAACUGUCGCUCACUCAGUGUUUUUUGUUUUCUGCACCAUUCUGUGUAAACUCUACAGACUGUUGUGUGUGAAAUCCCCAGGAGAUCAGCAGUUUCUGAAAUACUCAAACCAGUCUAUCUGGCACAAAAACCCAUGCCACAAUGAAAGUCACACUUUGAGAUCACAGUUUUUCCCAUUCUGAUGUUUGACAUGA